CUUUACUCGACUAACAGUAACUCGCUCAUCUCUCAUCUUUGUUAUACGUUUGUUUGAGCGAUGAUGCUAAUCCAUUAAUUUGCAUUGGUAUAGUCAUUCUAUGGUCGUAGCAGGGCCUUUGCAAAUGGAACCACUGGAAUGGAUUUUGUAACCGUACCUUAACUUUUUCGGACCGGCGUGUUUAUCAAAGAAUAUCCCACGAGAAAUAUGAUUUCGUUUUGGUGUCGCGUGCUGCUUCUUCAUCAAAUAUUCACCUCGCCUGCAUGCUCGGCGGUGGUGUCGCCCCAGGACCCUGUACUGCUGGUGGGCUCCAGUCUGACCGCCACCUGCACCCUGAGCCCUGGGCUGCAGCUCCACACCGGGUUCCUCUACUGGACCUUCAACGGGAACCGCCUCCCCAGCAGUGUGUACCACGUCCAGGGCCCCGGGGCCCUGUCCGUGACCCUGCACAACCUCAACGGCUCCCGGCAGCAGUCCGGAGACAACCUGGUGUGCCACGGACGCAAGGGGGAGGUCCUGGGCGGCUCCUGCCUCUAUGUAGGCAUGCCACCUCAGAGACCUGUGAACCUGACCUGCUGGUCCCACAACACCAAGGACCUGACCUGCAGAUGGAGCCCUGGGGGGCCUGGAGAGGGCUUCAUCAGGACCAGAUACACACUCAAGUAUAAGCUGAGGUGGUUCGGUCAGGAGACGGUGUGUACAGACUACAACAGAGGGAUAAAUACCUGCUACAUACCCAGCGGUCUGGCCGUCUUUACCCCGUAUGAGAUCUGGGUGGAGGCCACCAACCAGCUGGGCUCGGCCUCGUCGCGCGUGGUGACGCUGGACAUCAUAGAUGUGGUGACGACAGACCCUCCACCUGAUGUGCAAGUCAAUCGUGUGGGGAUCCUUGGCGACCAGCUGACUGUGCGCUGGAGGAGCCCCCCAGCCCUCCGAGACUUUCUGUUCCGGGCCAAGUACCAAAUCCGCUACAGGCUCGAAAACAGCGCCGACUGGAAGGUGGUUGAGAAUGUGGGAAACCAGACAUCCUGCCGGCUAGCUGGCCUCAGACCUGGAACAGUGUAUUUUGUCCAGGUUAGGUGCAACCCCGUGGGAAUCUAUGGCUCAAGAAAGCCAGGAAUUUGGAGUGAUUGGAGUCCGCCAAUGGCAGCCUCAACCCCUCAGAGUGAGCGCCUGCAGACGGGGUCGUGCGACGCAAAGUCGGGGUCACAGACGGCGGCGCUGCGUCGGGAGCUGAAGCAGUUCCUGGGCUGGGUGCGCAAACACGCGUCAGGCUGCGGCAGCGUCAGCAUCAAACUCUACGACCAGUGGCGUGCCUGGCUGCAGAAGUCCCACAAGACGCGCAACCAGAUGGUGCUCCCUCAGCAGACGGGGCGGAACUUCAGAACGAGAGUGGACCCGAGGACCACACAUUCGCACAGGCGGCCUCCUGAACAGAGAGGCUUGGGCUCACGCUGCUGCUGCACUGUCCAAUGGAGAGAUUUCUAAAGCCUGGACAAUGGAGAUGAAGUCCAGUAACAUUGGACAGACGGGCAUAUUGGUUUUCAGGAGCUUCCCUUUUUUCAGACAUGGUUUACUCAUUCUCAAAUGCAAAGGAUUGCAAUUUUGCUUUAAGGCUACAAGGAAGAUCUGUGGAGACAUAAUGCACCCAAUCAUCAGUAUAUAUGUAUAUGCAACACCUACAAAAGGAAACCACCAUGCUGACCUGAUGCUGCUAUAAUGUUUCUGUUGUUACAAUGUAAUUGGUCAUUCAAAUUCUGCUCUUGAAAGAAUUUAGUCCAUUGCUAUAUAAUGCUUGUUAAGUGAUAUGGGACCAUGUUUAAAUAUAGUACAUUAUCUACAUAUAUUUUACUCCCUUUUGCCUACUUUAGCAGUUCAUUUGAAAUGUUUGUAUAUAAAGAGGACCUGGACCAAAAUAUAUUAAAGCCGCAGUAUUUACCUGUUUCAUUAACAUGCAUAUAUAUAUAUGAUGAUGUAAAUGGGAGUGAAGUGAAAACCAUAGUUUUCUUAUUAAUGGAAAAUGUAAGUGGGACAUUCUACCAGAAACUUACAUUUUCACUUAAAACAUCUUUGGGGGAAAAUUAUUCUUAUUCUUGAAUCUGAACAUUGAGUCAAAUGGAGGCACUCUAAAACUAUGAGGAGCACCUAUUGUGCCAUCUCAGGAUGUUUUUUAUUCUUGAAUAAAAAUAAUUAAUAGGAACUAAUAGGCUAUUUGUCAGGCCCCGUAACAUCUAUGGCCUCUAUGGAAGUUAUAUAGGGCUUUGAUGGGGCCUGACGGUCAGUCAUUUUAAUGGCAAUUUCUCUGCCCAUGAACAUAAUCAAAACUACUUGUAAGCAGGGAUUUUAGUAAGCUUUUUAGACAUAUUUUAGAUAUACAACAAUUCCAUUUGUA